UUUCUCCGGUGUGUGUGCUCCGCAGGCACCAGCAGCUGCUCGGGCAACCGCAGGCUGGGCGUGGCGCCGUCCGCCUACCUGGCCUCCAUCGAGUCCCUGGACGACACGGACGACGAGGACGGGCUCAAGGGGUCGGGCGUCAGCAACAGCGUCAGCUACAGCGUCAGCUACAGCGUCAGCUCGCAAGGGUCCGGGUCGGGCGACAGCGGCGUGUGCUCACCGUGUUCGCCGUGCUCGCACGGGCCGCUGCUGCUGCUGCACCCGCAGGGCUACCACCUGCAAGGGUACCACCCGCAAGGGUACCGCCAUCCGCACCCGCACCUCAGCUUCAUGGACCGCGUCGUCAUGGAGAUCAUCGACACGGAGGGCGUCUACGUCCGGGACCUGCACCAGAUCAUCACGGGCUACCUCACCGUGUGGCGCGGGCGCGUCGACUGCCCGCUGGGGUCGUCCCAGCUGGAGGCGCUGUUCGGCAACAUCGAGGACAUCUACCGCUUCAACCUGCACUUCCUGCGCCAGCUGGAGCAGUGCGACCUGGACCCCGUGCAGGUGGCGCGCUGCUUCGUGCGCAACGACACUGGCUUCUCCAUCUACACCGAGUACUGCACCAACUACCCGAGGACCGUGAGCGUGCUGACGGAGCUGAUGCGUCGCGAGGCGGCCGUGCGGCUGUUCCGGGAGCGGCAGACGGCCCUGCAGCACACGCUGCCGCUCGGCUCGUACCUGCUCAAGCCGGUGCAGCGCAUCCUCAAGUACCACCUGCUGCUGCAGAACAUCGUCAAGCACUCGUCGUGCGACCGCUUCGGCUACGGCGACAUCGUGGACGCGCUCUCCACCAUGACGGCCAUCGCGCACCACAUCAACGACAUGAAGCGGCGCCACGAGCACGCCGUGCGCGUCCAGGAGAUCCAGAGCCUGCUGUACGGCUGGGAGGGCGAGGACCUGACGACGUUCGGCGAGCUCUGCGCCGAGGGUACGUUCAGGGUGGCCGGCGCCAAGGCCCUGCGCCACGUGUUCCUCUUCGACAAGAUGCUGCUCAUCACCAAGAAGAAGGAGGAGAGCAUCCUGGGCUACAAGGCGCACAUCAUGUGCUCCAACCUCAUGCUCAUCGAGAGCGUGCCCGGCGAGCCGCUCAGCUUCCACGUCAUUCCCUUCGACAACCCCCGCAUGCAGUACACCCUGCAGGUAUAGUGUACCGCUCACUCACUCGUU